AUGGUUUUCCGACGUUGCGCGACGACGAGUCGCAGCCGUCGCAGGGACCGACAGCUGUCGCACAGUCUGCCAGUCGUCGCUUUGGCGCUUCUCGCCUUUGCAAUACGGCCGCUGGAAGGCGCCUCGAGCGGCGCCGGCUUCGUGAAUUCAUGGGCAAAUCAUCUCCGCUACUCCAGCCUCCCUCGCCACGAACAAUCUACUGACGCGUCGCUUCUCCCAUCCUCGUUACAAUCCGCCCCAAUAUCAUCGCACAAGGCACCCGGUUCGUUUCUCCCAUCCGCCCUUCCUUCCGCCUCCGCCGCCAAAUCACGCCGCGCCUCCACCGCCCCCGCGCUCCCCCAGCACCUUCCGCGUUUCCUCCACUCCGCGCAUUCUCAACCAUCCCCCGCCUCCGCCCCCGUGUGGCGCAACCGCGUCACCCUCUCCCGCGUAGCCGCGCUUCCGCCCGCCCCCCCGUCCGCGGGGAGCAGGAGGGUCGAGUUAGAAUCAACGGUGAAGCGCAAGGCGACAACGACUCGGCCAAAAUCCGUGCCGUCCACUUUGGGCGCUGCUGACCGUACGAUGCUGCUGAGUCGGAUGAACGAUGCGCGAGCGUCUGUUUCAGCCACAGCCGUCCCACGCCCAUCCGCCGCACUCCCAAACCUGACCUGGAGCGACACCCUGGCAGGCUCGGCGCAGGCCUGGGCAGCCAAAGAAGCAGGUUCGGUGUGCGCCGGGCCUGUGGACGCGUUCGGCAGCACUCUGUCCCUGUGGUCGCAGCAGCCUGGCAGUGCGUAUGGAGUGAGCUGGUACGGGUUUGAGUCGGCUGCUUCCUCCCCUGCCGGCAGCACUCCCUCUGACGCCCUCACCGCGUGGCUCUACGAGAAGGCCUUCUAUGAUCCCAUACGGAACGAGUGCUCGGACACGGACGACUGUGAGGACUACCGCCAGAUCGUGUGGCGAACCACCACUGCAGUGGGCUGCGGCAUGGUCACAUGCAACGAGGCCAAUGCACCCAUCCCAACGUCUCUCUUCGUCCUCCUCUGCUACUUCGACCCCCCCGGAAACCUUCCCAACCAACACCCCUGGCUCUCCCCCCCCUCCCCACCUUCCCCCGCUCCUCCCCCUCCCGCCACCCCUCCCCCUCGCCCACCCCCACCCUCUCCUCGCGCCGCCCCCACUCCCCCCCCACCUCCCCUCCGCGCGCCUCCCCCCAAAGCCUCCUCACCUCCCCCUCCUCCCCCUGUGCGGAGCCCUCCCCCCCGCCUCCCCCCGCCCGCUUCCCCCAGCCCUCCCCCUCCGCGCGCUUCCCCCUUGGGGGUGACCAGCGUGGGGGAGGGGGGGAGGGAGACGCUGCUGCAGGGGAUGAAUGGAGCGAGGCUUGCAGUCCCCUCUGCCAGCCUGUCAGCGCUGACCUGGAGCGACGCCUUGGCCACGUCAGCACAACAAUGGGCAGCCAAUCAGACAGCAUCCCUCUGCUCGGCCCCUCUAGACGCCUUCGGCUCAGCCCUCUCUUUCAGCGCAGCCAUUCCUGUAGCCGCUGCCACCCUCCCCUCUCUGUUUACUGCUGCUACAACCUCUCCUCUUGUAGGAAAGCGGAGCAGCAGCAAAAAGGGCAGCGGCAAGACCAGUGGCAGCAGCACGAGCAACAGCACGAGCGGCAGCAGCAGCGGUGGCGGCGGCAGUGCGUAUGGAGUGAGCUGGUACGGGUUUGAGUCGGCUGCUGCCGCUCCUGCCGGCAGCACUCCCUCUGACGCCCUCAGCGCAUGGCUCUAUGAGAAGCAGAAGUACAACUCAGAAGCUGACACGUGCGCAGCAGGGGAGCUCUGCAGCAAUUACCGGCAGAUUGUGUGGAAGGCUGCUACAGCCGUGGGGUGUGGCAUGGUGGGUGUAAGGCUGCUACAGCCGUGGGGUGUGGCAUGGUGGGUUCAUCUCAAAUCCCACCUCUCACUUAUUCUUUCCUCCUGCCUUUCCCCCUGCCUCUUCCCAUGCCUCUCCCCCCUUGCCUCUCCCCCAUUGCCUCUCCCCCCUUGCCUCUCCCCCCUUGCCUCUCCCCCCUUGCCUCUCUCCCAUUGCCUCUCCCCCCUUGCCUCUCCCCCUCCCUCUCCCUCCACCAUACCUGACCACAUACCUACCAACCAUCCCAGGGGCGGGUGUGCUAGGGGGAGGGGGGAGAGCGGAGCUGCUGGCGCUUAUCAACAGAGAGAGGUGGGUGGGGUGGGCGGAGUAUUUUGUCUAUUUGUGCGUGUGAACUUUGAGUCGACAUUGAGUCCCCCUGUGCGGGGGCCGUCUGUGCUGGGGGGAGGGCGGAGCUGCUGGCGCUUAUCAACAGAGAGAGGUGGGAAGGGUGGGCGGAGUAUUUUGUCUAUUUGUGUGCGUGCAUGGGUGCGUGUGCACUGCAUGGGUGCGUGUGCACUGCAUGGGUGCGUGUGCACUGCAUGGGUGCGUGUGCACUGCAUGGGUGCGUGUGCACUGCAUGGGUGCGUGUGCACUGCAUGGGUGCGUGUGCACUGCAUGGGUGCGUGUGCACUGCAUGGGUGCGUGUGCACUGCAUGGGUGCAUGUGCACUGCAUGGGUGCGUGUGCACUGCAUGGGUGCAUGUGCACUGCAUGGGUGCAUGUGCACUGCAUGGGUGCAUGUGCACUGCAUGGGUGCGUGUGCGCUGCAUGGGUGCAUGUGCACUGCAUGGGUGCAUGUGCACUGCAUGGGUGCAUGUGCACUGCAUGGGUGCGUGUGCACUGCAUGGGUGCGUGUGCACUGCAUGGGUGCAUGUGCACUGCAUGGGUGCAUGUGCACUGCAUGGGUGCGUGUGCACUGCAUGGGUGCAUGUGCGCUGCAUGGGUGCGUGUGCGCUGCAUGGGUGCGUGUGCACUGCAUGGGUGCAUGUGCACUGCAUGGGUGCGUGUGCACUGCAUGGGUGCGUGUGCUGCAUGGGUGCAUGUGCACUGCAUGGGUGCGUGUGCACUGCAUGGGUGCGUGUGCGCUGCAUGGGUGCGUGUGCACUGCAUGGGUGCAUGUGCACUGCAUGGGUGCGUGUGCACUGCAUGGGUGCGUGUGCACUGCAUGGGUGCAUGUGCACUGCAUGGGUGCGUGUGCACUGCAUGGGUGCGUGUGCGCUGCAUGGGUGCGUGUGCACUGCAUGGGUGCAUGUGCACUGCAUGGGUGCAUGUGCACUGCAUGGGUGCGUGUGCACUGCAUGGGUGCAUGUGCACUGCAUGGGUGCGUGUGCACUGCAUGGGUGCAUGUGCACUGCAUGGGUGCGUGUGCGCUGCAUGGGUGCGUGUGCGCUGCAUGGGUGCAUGUGCACUGCAUGGGUGCGUGUGCACUGCAUGGGUGCAUGUGCACUGCAUGGGUGCAUGUGCACUGCAUGGGUGCGUGUGCACUGCAUGGGUGCAUGUGCACUGCAUGGGUGCGUGUGCACUGCAUGGGUGCAUGUGCACUGCAUGGGUGCGUGUGCGCUGCAUGGGUGCAUGUGCACUGCAUGGGUGCAUGUGCACUGCAUGGGUGCAUGUGCACUGCAUGGGUGCGUGUGCACUGCAUGGGUGCGUGUGCACUGCAUGGGUGCAUGUGCACUGCAUGGGUGCAUGUGCACUGCAUGGGUGCGUGUGCACUGCAUGGGUGCAUGUGCGCUGCAUGGGUGCGUGUGCGCUGCAUGGGUGCGUGUGCACUGCAUGGGUGCAUGUGCACUGCAUGGGUGCGUGUGCACUGCAUGGGUGCGUGUGCACUGCAUGGGUGCAUGUGCACUGCAUGGGUGCGUGUGCACUGCAUGGGUGCGUGUGCGCUGCAUGGGUGCGUGUGCACUGCAUGGGUGCAUGUGCACUGCAUGGGUGCAUGUGCACUGCAUGGGUGCGUGUGCACUGCAUGGGUGCAUGUGCACUGCAUGGGUGCGUGUGCGCUGCAUGGGUGCGUGUGCACUGCAUGGGUGCAUGUGCACUGCAUGGGUGCAUGUGCACUGCAUGGGUGCGUGUGCACUGCAUGGGUGCAUGUGCACUGCAUGGGUGCGUGUGCACUGCAUGGGUGCAUGUGCACUGCAUGGGUGCGUGUGCGCUGCAUGGGUGCGUGUGCGCUGCAUGGGUGCAUGUGCACUGCAUGGGUGCGUGUGCACUGCAUGGGUGCAUGUGCACUGCAUGGGUGCAUGUGCACUGCAUGGGUGCGUGUGCACUGCAUGGGUGCAUGUGCACUGCAUGGGUGCGUGUGCACUACAUGGGUGCAUGUGCACUGCAUGGGUGCGUGUGCGCUGCAUGGGUGCGUGUGCACUGCAUGGGUGCAUGUGCACUGCAUGGGUGCAUGUGCACUGCAUGGGUGCGUGUGCACUGCAUGGGUGCAUGUGCACUGCAUGGGUGCGUGUGCACUGCAUGGGUGCAUGUGCACUGCAUGGGUGCGUGUGCGCUGCAUGGGUGCGUGUGCGCUGCAUGGGUGCAUGUGCACUGCAUGAUGUGCACUGCAUGGGUGCAUGUGCACUGCAUGGGUGCGUGUGCGCUGCAUGGGUGCGUGUGCACUGCAUGGGUGCGUGUGCACUGCAUGGGUGCGUGUGCACUGCAUGGGUGCAUGUGCACUGCAUGGGUGCAUGUGCACUGCAUGGGUGCGUGUGCACUGCAUGGGUGCAUGUGCACUGCAUGGGUGCGUGUGCACUGCAUGGGUGCAUGUGCACUGCAUGGGUGCAUGUGCACUGCAUGGGUGCGUGUGCGCUGCAUGGGUGCGUGUGCGCUGCAUGGGUGCAUGUGCACUGCAUGGGUGCGUGUGCACUGCAUGGGUGCAUGUGCACUGCAUGGGUGCGUGUGCGCUGCAUGGGUGCGUGUGCGCUGCAUGGGUGCAUGUGCACUGCAUGAUGUGCACUGCAUGGGUGCAUGUGCACUGCAUGGGUGCGUGUGCGCUGCAUGGGUGCGUGUGCACUGCAUGGGUGCGUGUGCACUGCAUGGGUGCGUGUGCACUGCAUGGGUGCAUGUGCACUGCAUGGGUGCAUGUGCACUGCAUGGGUGCGUGUGCACUGCAUGGGUGCAUGUGCACUGCAUGGGUGCGUGUGCACUGCAUGGGUGCAUGUGCACUGCAUGGGUGCAUGUGCACUGCAUGGGUGCGUGUGCACUGCAUGGGUGCAUGUGCACUGCAUGGGUGCGUGUGCACUGCAUGGGUGCGUGUGCACUGCAUGGGUGCAUGUGCACUGCAUGGGUGCGUGUGCACUGCAUGGGUGCAUGUGCACUGCAUGGGUGCGUGUGCACUGCAUGGGUGCGUGUGCACUGCAUGGGUGCAUGUGCACUGAAUGGGUGCGUGUGCACUGCAUGGGUGCAUGUGCACUGCAUGGGUGCGUGUGCGCUGCAUGGGUGCGUGUGCACUGCAUGGGUGCAUGUGCACUGCAUGGGUGCGUGUGCGCUGCAUGGGUGCGUGUGCGCUGCAUGGGUGCAUGUGCACUGCAUGAUGUGCACUGCAUGGGUGCAUGUGCACUCCAUGGGUGCGUGUGCGCUGCAUGGGUGCGUGUGCACUGCAUGGGUGCAUGUGCACUGCAUGGGUGCGUGUGCACUGCAUGGGUGCAUGUGCACUGCAUGGGUGCAUGUGCACUGCAUGGGUGCGUGUGCACUGCAUGGGUGCAUGUGCACUGCAUGGGUGCGUGUGCACUGCAUGGGUGCGUGUGCACUGCAUGGGUGCAUGUGCACUGCAUGGGUGCGUGUGCACUGCAUGGGUGCAUGUGCACUGCAUGGGUGCGUGUGCACUGUAUGGGUGCGUGUGCACUGCAUGGGUGCAUGUGCACUGAAUGGGUGCGUGUGCACUGCAUGGGUGCAUGUGCACUGCAUGGGUGCGUGUGCGCUGCAUGGGUGCGUGUGCACUGCAUGGGUGCAUGUGCACUGCAUGGGUGCGUGUGCGCUGCAUGGGUGCGUGUGCGCUGCAUGGGUGCAUGUGCACUGCAUGAUGUGCACUGCAUGGGUGCAUGUGCACUCCAUGGGUGCGUGUGCGCUGCAUGGGUGCGUGUGCACUGCAUGGGUGCAUGUGCACUGCAUGGGUGCGUGUGCACUGCAUGGGUGCAUGUGCACUGCAUGGGUGCGUGUGCACUGCAUGGGUGCAUGUGCACUGCAUGGGUGCGUGUGCGCUGCAUGGGUGCGUGUGCACUGCAUGGGUGCAUGUGCACUGCAUGGGUGCAUGUGCACUGCAUGGGUGCGUGUGCACUGCAUGGGUGCAUGUGCACUGCAUGGGUGCGUGUGCACUGCAUGGGUGCAUGUGCACUGCAUGGGUGCGUGUGCGCUGCAUGGGUGCGUGUGCGCUGCAUGGGUGCAUGUGCACUGCAUGGGUGCGUGUGCACUGCAUGGGUGCAUGUGCACUGCAUGGGUGCGUGUGCGCUGCAUGGGUGCGUGUGCACUGCAUGGGUGCAUGUGCACUGAAUGGGUGCGUGUGCACUGCAUGGGUGCAUGUGCACUGCAUGGGUGCGUGUGCGCUGCAUGGGUGCGUGUGCACUGCAUGGGUGCAUGUGCACUGCAUGGGUGCGUGUGCGCUGCAUGGGUGCGUGUGCGCUGCAUGGGUGCAUGUGCACUGCAUGAUGUGCACUGCAUGGGUGCAUGUGCACUGCAUGGGUGCGUGUGCGCUGCAUGGGUGCGUGUGCACUGCAUGGGUGCAUGUGCACUGCAUGGGUGCGUGUGCGCUGCAUGGGUGCGUGUGCGCUGCAUGGGUGCAUGUGCACUGCAUGGGUGCGUGUGCACUGCAUGGGUGCAUGUGCACUGCAUGGGUGCAUGUGCACUGCAUGGGUGCGUGUGCACUGCAUGGGUGCAUGUGCACUGCAUGGGUGCGUGUGCACUGCAUGGGUGCAUGUGCACUGCAUGGGUGCGUGUGCGCUGCAUGGGUGCGUGUGCACUGCAUGGGUGCAUGUGCACUUCAUGGGUGCGUGUGCACUGCAUGGGUGCAUGUGCACUGCAUGGGUGCGUGUGCGCUGCAUGGGUGCGUGUGCACUGCAUGGGUGCAUGUGCACUGCAUGGGUGCAUGUGCACUGCAUGGGUGCGUGUGCACUGCAUGGGUGCAUGUGCACUGCAUGGGUGCGUGUGCACUGCAUGGGUGCAUGUGCACUGCAUGGGUGCGUGUGCGCUGCAUGGGUGCGUGUGCGCUGCAUGGGUGCAUGUGCACUGCAUGGGUGCGUGUGCACUGCAUGGGUGCAUGUGCACUGCAUGGGUGCGUGUGCGCUGCAUGGGUGCGUGUGCACUGCAUGGGUGCAUGUGCACUGAAUGGGUGCGUGUGCACUGCACGGGUGCAUGUGCACUGCAUGGGUGCGUGUGCGCUGCAUGGGUGCGUGUGCACUGCAUGGGUGCAUGUGCACUGCAUGGGUGCGUGUGCGCUGCAUGGGUGCGUGUGCGCUGCAUGGGUGCAUGUGCACUGCAUGAUGUGCACUGCAUGGGUGCAUGUGCACUGCAUGGGUGCGUGUGCGCUGCAUGGGUGCGUGUGCACUGCAUGGGUGCAUGUGCACUGCAUGGGGCGCCUGCCAGCCUGUCAGCGCUGACCUGGAGCGAUGCCUUGGCCACGUCAGCGCAGCAGUGGGCGGCCAAUCAGACCGCAGCACUGUGCUCUGCCCCUCUAGAUGCCUUCGGCUCGCUUCUCCCUCUAGCCGCUACAACCGUACCUACAGCCGUGGCUUGGGGUGUGAGCUGGUACGGGUUUGAGUCGGCUGCUGCCUCACCUGAAGGCAGCGCUCCCUCUGACGCCAUCAGUGCAUGGCUCUAUGAAAAGCAGAACUACGAUCCAACCACCAAGACCUGCUCCCCUUUUGAUUCGUGUGACAACUACCGUCAGAUGGUCGGCAUCACAACCACAGCUGUCGGAUGUGGAACGAUUUCCUGCCUUGAGUCCAAAGCACCCAUCCCCACCACUCUCUACAUCCUCAUGUGCCACUUCGACCCCCCUGGUUACACGCUAACCACCCGCCGCCGCUUCUAG